UUCAAUUCCUUUGUGUACACUGAGAAAAUCUCAAAUGGAGAAAGUGAAGUACAACAGCUAGCCAAGAAAAUUCGAGAGAAAUUCAACCGUUACUUGGAUGUGGUCAACCGGAACAAGCAAGUUGUAGAAGCAUCCUAUACAGCUCAUCUGACCUCUCCCCUAACUGCAAUUCAGGACUGCUGCACCAUCCCACCCUCCAUGAUGGAAUUUGAUGGAAACUUUAACACCAACGUGUCUAGAACAAUCAGCUGUGAUCGACUGUCUAAUACUGUUAAUAGUCGGGCCUUCAAUCCUGGACGAGACUUAAAUUCAGUUCUUGCAGACAAUCUGAAAUCCAACCCUGGAAUUAAGUGGCAGUAUUUCAGUUCAGAAGAAGGAAUUUUCACUGUUUUCCCAGCACACAAGUUCCGGUGUAAGGGCAGCUAUGAGCAUCGUAGUAGACCCAUCUACGUCUCCACAGUCCGUCCUCAAUCGAAGCACAUCGUAGUCAUCCUGGACCAUGGGGCUUCCGUCACAGACAUGCAGCUUCAGAUCGCCAAGGACGCCGCCCAGAUCAUCCUUAGCGCCAUUGAUGAACACGAUAAGAUUUCCGUGUUGACUGUAGCCGACACUGUCAGGACUUGCUCACUGGACCAAUGCUAUAAGACGUUCCUGUCUCCUGCCACCAGUGAGACUAAAAGGAAAAUGUCUACCUUCCUGAGCAAUGUCAAGUCUUCUGACAGUCCCACCCAACAUGCAGUGGGAUUCCAAAAGGCAUUCCAGCUGAUCCGAAGCACAAACAAUAACACAAAAUUCCAAACAAAUACAGACAUGGUCAUAAUUUACCUGUCAGCUGGCAUUACAUCAAAGGUCUCCUCAGAAGAAGAUAAAAAGGCUACUCUCCGAGUCAUCAAUGAAGAAAAUAGCUUUUUAAACAACUCUGUGAUGAUUCUCACCUAUGCCCUCAUGAACGAUGGGGUAACUGGUUUGAAAGAACUGGCUUUUCUGAGAGAUCUGGCUGAACAGAAUUCAGGGAAGUAUGGUAUUCCAGACCGGACAUGCUUGCCUGUGAUGAAGGGCAGCAUGAUGGUGCUGAACCAACUGAGCAAUCUGGAGACCACCGUCGGCAGGUUCUAUACUAACCUUCCCAACCGGAUGAUUGACGAAGCUGUCUUUAGCCUCCCCUUUUCUGAUGAGAUGGGAGAUGGUUUGAUCAUGACUGUGAGUAAGCCCUGUUAUUUUGGAAACCUUCUUCUUGGAAUUGUAGGUGUGGAUGUGAACCUGGCUUACAUCCUUGAAGACGUAACAUAUUAUCAAGACUCUUUGGCUUCCUAUACUUUUCUCAUAGAUGACAAAGGAUAUACACUUAUGCAUCCAUCUCUUACCAGGCCGUAUUUACUGUCAGAACCCCCCCUUCAUACUGACAUCAUACAUUAUGAAAAUAUUCCCAAAUUUGAGUUGGUUCGGCAAAAUAUCCUAAGCCUCCCUCUGGGCAGCCAGAUUAUUGCAGUUCCUGUGAACUCCUCCCUGUCUUGGCACAUAAACAAACUGAGAGAUACCGGGAAGGAUGCCUACAACGUUAGCUACGCCUGGAAGAUGGUUCAAGACACUUCCUUUAUUCUGUGUAUUGUGGUGAUACAGCCAGAAAUACCUGUCAAACAACUGAAGAAUCUCAACACUGUCCCCAGCAGCAAGCUACUGUACCACCGCCUGGAUCUCUUGGGCCAGCCUAGUGCUUGCCUCCACUUUAAACAGCUGGCAACUCUAGAAAGUCCAACUGUCAUGCUGUCUGCUGGCAGCUUUUCCUCUCCCUACGAGCACCUCAGCCAGCCUGAGACAAAACGCAUGGUGGAGCACUACACAGCCUACCUCAGCGACAACACCCGCCUCAUUGCUAACCCAGGGCUCAAAUUCUCUGUCAGAAAUGAAGUAAUGGCUACCAGCCACGUCACAGAUGAAUGGAUGACACAAAUGGAAAUGAGUAGCCUGAACACUUACAUUGUCCGCCGUUACAUAGCAACGCCCAAUGGUGUCCUCAGAAUUUAUCCUGGUUCCCUCAUGGACAAAGCAUUUGAUCCCACUAGGAGACAAUGGUAUCUCCAUGCUGUAGCUAAUCCAGGCUUGAUUUCUUUGACUGGUCCUUACCUAGAUGUUGGAGGAGCCGGCUAUGUAGUGACCAUCAGUCAUACAAUUCAUUCAUCUAGUACACAGCUGUCUUCUGGACACACUGUAGCUGUGAUGGGCAUUGACUUCACACUUAGAUACUUCUACAAGGUUCUGAUGGACUUAUUACCAGUUUGUAAUCAAGAUGGUGGCAAUAAAAUAAGGUGCUUCAUAAUGGAGGACAGGGGUUACCUGGUGGCACAUCCAACCCUCAUUGACCCCAAAGGCCAUGCCCCUGUUGAACAGCAGCAUAUCACCCACAAGGAGCCCUUGGUAGCCAAUGACAUCCUGAAUCACCCCAACUUCGUGAAGAAAAACCUAUGCAACAGCUUCAGUGACAGAACAGUCCAGAGGUUUUACAAAUUCAACACCAGCCUAGUGGGGGAUUUGACAAACCUUGUUCAUGGCAGCCACUGUUCUAAGUACAGACUGGCAAGGAUCCCGGGAACCAAUGCGUUUGUCGGCAUUGUCAACGAGACAUGCGACUCUCUUGCCUUCUGUGCUUGCAGCAUGGUGGACCGGCUCUGUCUCAACUGUCACCGAAUGGAACAAAACGAAUGUGAAUGUCCUUGUGAGUGCCCUCUAGAGGUCAACGAAUGCACUGGCAACCUCACCAAUGCAGAGAAUCGAAACCCAAGCUGUGAGGUCCACCAGGAACCAGUGAGCUACACCGCUAUCGAUCCUGGCCUGCAGGAUGCCCUUCACCAGUGUAUCAACAGCAGGUGCACUCAGAGGAUGGAAAGUGGGGACUGUUUCGGUGUGCUGGAUUGUGAGUGGUGCAUGGUGGACAGCGAUGGAAAGACUCACCUGGACAAAUCCUACUGUGCACCCCAGAAGGAAUGCUUUGGGGGGAUUGUCGGAGCCAAAAGUCCCUACAUUGAUGAUAUGGGAGCAAUAGGUGAUGAGGUUAUCACAUUGAACAUGAUUAAAAGUGCCCCCGUGGGGCCUGUGGCUGGAGGUAUUAUGGGAUGCAUCAUGGUACUGGUCCUUGCUGUGUAUGCUUACCGACAUCAGAUUCAUCGCCGGAGUCAUCAGCAUAUGUCUCCUCUUGCUGCCCAAGAAAUGUCAGUGCGUAUGUCCAACCUGGAGAAUGACAGAGAUGAAAGAGAUGAUGACAGCCACGAAGACAGGGCCAUCAUCAGCAACACUCGAUUCAUAGCGGCAGUCAUCGAACGGCACACACACAGUCCUGAAAGAAGACGGCGCUACUGGGGCCGAUCGGGAACAGAAAGUGAUCACGGUUACAGCACCAUGAGUCCACAGGAAGACAGUGAAAAUCCUCCGUGCAACAACGACCCCUUGUCAGCAGGAGUUGAUGUGGGAAACCAUGAUGAGGACUUGGAUCUGGAUACCCCACCUCAGACUGCUGCCCUCCUAAGUCACAAGUUCCACCACUACCGGUUACACCACCCCACCCUUCACCACAGCCACCACUUGCAGGCCGCCGUGACCGUACACACAGUGGAUGCAGAAUGCUAA